UGGGAACCGGCGUCUGCUGAUUCCAAAGACAUCAUGCCAAUGAACUGCAUAGCCCUCAGUUUCACAAAUAAAGCAAUACUGGCGCCCAUGGUGCGGGUUGGGACCCUGCCGAUGAGACUGCUGGCUUUGGAUUAUGGUGCUGACAUUGUGUAUUGUGAGGAGCUGAUUGACAUAAAGAUGCUUCAGUGCAAAAGAGUUGUAAAUGAUAUUCUUGGAACGGUGGACUUUGUUGCCCCCAACGAGAGAGUGGUGUUCAGGACUUGUGCAAGAGAAAAAAACCACGUUGUUUUUCAAAUGGGCACAGCUGAUGCUGAGAGAGCCUUGGCGGUAGCCAAACUUGUAGAGGAUGACAUCGCUGGCAUCGAUGUCAACAUGGGAUGCCCCAAAGAAUAUUCCACAAAGGGCGGAAUGGGAGCGGCGCUCUUGUCUGAUCCGGACAGAAUAGAAUCCAUUUUGACUACACUUGUCAAGGGUGUGUCUAAGCCGGUAACUUGCAAAAUCCGAAUUUUGUCAUCGGAAGAAGAAACUCUAAGAUUAGUGAAGAGGAUAGAGCAGGCGGGAGUUGCUGCUAUUGCUGUUCAUGGAAGGAAGAAAGAGGAGAGGCCUCAGCACCCUGUCCACUGUGAUGUGAUCAAAGCCAUCUCUGAGGUAGUUUCCAUCCCAGUAAUAGCCAAUGGAGGAUCCUACGAUUUCAUCAAAGAAUAUUCUGACCUCCGGAUCUUCCAGGAAGCGACUUCAGCAUCUUCCGUAAUGGUCGCCCGGGCUGCCAUGUGGAACCCCUCCAUCUUCAGGAAGGAAGGCUCUUUGCCCCUGAAGGACGUCAUGGAGGAAUACAUCAAAUACGCAGUGAGAUAUGACAAUCACUUCACCAAUACAAAAUAUUGCUUGUGCCAGAUGUUAAGGGACCAAUUAGAAAACGCACAAGGAAAGAAGCUGCACGCCGCACAAUCCUUGCAGGAAAUCUGUGAGGUUUUCGAGAUGAGUAGUUUCUUCCAAGAAGCAUCUGAUUUACUGGAGAAGAAAAAAGUUUCGCUACAAGUCAAGAGCCCAAAUAAUGAUGAUCACCCUGAAGACACAGAUGUCAUUAAAAUGGCAGUUAAGUUUGAUAAACGAGAGUAUCCCCCACAAAUUACACCCAAAAUGCAUCUUCUGGAAUGGUGCAGGCGAGAGAAGCUGGUUCAACCUGCUUAUGAAACAAUCGAAAGGCCGCGGGAUAGACUGUUCGGUUCUGUGGUGACGGUCGGUGGGCAGAAGUACAGCUCAACUUUAUGGGAAAAAUCCAAGAAGCUCGCCGAACAAGCGGCGGCUAUUGCCUGUUUAAGAACGCUGGGCCUUCCUGAAGGCAAGCGGAACGAAAGCGCCAACCAGCCCUCGCUCAACAAACGCAAGAGGCGAGAUCAGCCACUUUCAAACUGUGAGGAACACAGAGACUGUUUUGUGCUCGACGCUGUGUGCAAGAAACCUCAUCUUCUUCCCAAAGAAUCUCUUUGCCACAGCUCCUAACGACCGUCCUACGCUCUGCUCCGCUGUGCUCGCUGGGGUUUUACAACUAUGCAGCUUCCCAUCACCACCUACAUUCUCUGUCCUGUAUUUUGCCUUGGAGGCAAUCAGGUGGAACAGGUAAAUUGGAAUUUUGAUUGGCAUUUCCUUGGUGUUAGGCCUGGAAUUCUUUACCUCUUUUUUUAUUU